AUGUCGGCUACCGCUCAAAACUCCUACUCCAAAACCUUCAUUCGAUCUUGUAUUCUCUAUGAAGUUCUCCAAAAGAAGCCCGUGUUUGAAGCCUAUGAAACAAUUUGUAACACCUUGAAGGAGAAGAUUGCCUACAAAGAAUUUGACUAUUGGUUUCAUAGAUUUUACAAUGGCAAUCAUGACUUGGAGGACGAUACUUGGCAGAUUAAAGUACGAAAUUCCAAUGAUCUGCGUUGCUCGAUCAAUCCUCCCUCAGAGGUUCCACACAAAAUUUCUGAAAUAGACUGGUGCAAAAAAUUCGUUGAAUAUUUUAAUGGUGUGCCGCAAAAACCUUCCCUAAUAUAUAAUAUGCCAGAAAAAGUUUGGAAUGAAAUCUGUGCCAAAAUGGAACUUUAUGAUAGACUCGUGGCCAGAAAAGUUUCUCGCAAUUUCCGUGACAAAAUUGACCAGCAAGAACUUCAUUUUAAUACACUGGGAAUUUGUUUCGAACAAGACGAAGCUAGACUAUUUUUGAACGAAAAAACUGUCAACUAUUGCCCUGUACCAAACGGAUGUACAAUAAUCUAUGAAAACAGAACAAUCCGAAUUAAAGGAGGAGAUUAUCGGAAAAUAGCACUUCAAGAUUUCAAAACAAUAGUGUCUAAAGACGCAAAAACAUUUUCUGUACUCUUCGACGCACAAAUGUCAGAGCAGAUUCGGGGAAACAUUUUCAAAGAUGUCCUAGACGUCUUGAGAUCGAUGAACAAAUUACGAGUCCGAAAACUAGUUUGUGAAUUGAAAAACGAAGAAAUCGACGCAAUCCUGCCGUACUUCGAGCCUAAAACGCUCGAAGUUGUUCACUUUUUUGCCUCUUCUACAGACGGCCAUAGCACAAAAUUAAUGGAUACAGUUCAGCUGAAGAAUGCAAAAGCUCUAAUUUUUGACAUUGACAAUUGCUCCAUCAACAUUGAAAAAUUCUUCCAUCUCACUUAUUUCGACGUUACUUUGGAUCUUUUCACAAAAGAUGAUGCGGUUAAAAUUAGAGAUAUUUUGAUGAAAUCCGACACUUUCAAAUAUGCAAACUUCGAAUCCGACGACUUCGAUCCAAUUGAAAUUGCAAAUGUAUUCGUACCAGACUAUCAAAGCGAUGAUUGGCCAAUAAUAAAUUACACACGACACAACAAAAAAUUCCUCUUGAAAAUUAAUCCAAACUCAUUUCAAAUUAAAAAGAUGGUAUAA